AAAAAGAAAUUUCAGGGCUUCCAUUUACUACAUUUUUCAAAGUUCAUGCAUGAGAACAAUAUUUCUUCGUGUAGUCAUAUUUUUAGGAGUUUGCAACAUCAAAAGUUCGAAGCAAGGCAAUCGAUCAACAGGGCUCAGUCACUCAAUACUAUGCUUAGUACUUUUUUAAAUAUCUAUUGGAGAAGUCUGGCUGGGAGAAUGGAAGAAAUUCAGACGCUCAAAUGACUUCUUUUACAAUAACGUGGAGAAGAAAGGAAACACACAAAAAGAAUGAACAAAGUGAAGAUAUUGCUGAAAAUUAUGACAAGCACCAAGAGUUAACCACCAAAACACAGGAUUCUGAAGAUAUUUUUACCAAGCAAUCUAUCUCUAUUAUUACAGAGGAAUCUAAACAACCAUGUCAACAUAGUCAACACAAUUCAUUUGUAUUUGUUCAUCGAUAUCCCCACCUAUUGCUUGAUGGCUACGGUUGGAUAUUGUGCUGGUCAUGUGAUGCAAAUAGAAAGCAAUUUGUUGAAGCCCUACCUAAUAAUAUGCAAUUAGAUCCUCAAAAAGAUAUACCAUAUCCCAGUUGCAUACACAUAUUAGCAAUGGAAAAAUAUCUGGUUGUGUAUGAUAGAAAGUUUGGUAUUGAAGCCAAAGAUUUUAUUGAAAAAAAAUCCACAUCCAUGAUGCAGUCUGUUUUCAGUGAUCAUUCCUACCAUGAGAUGUGACCUGAAGAAGACUUGUUUAGUGCAGUGUGCAGGGAGGUUCGGUGGAUUGCUGUAAAACCAGUGAAUAGUCCAUGGGGGGUUUGUACUUUUGUGUAUUCAAAAGUAACGCCGCCCCAGCCCGAGUUAAAAUGUUGCAGCUGUUCGUCAUAUCAUUGCAUUCAUGUGACAACCCUUGCAAAAGCCAUGCAAAUCGUUGAAGAGGAUGAAAUGGAUUCUCCAUUGGCACUUUUUAAGUUUUCUUUUGGAAUUAGACCAGAGAUGCGAGACUAUUUUGAAUUGGCUACACUUAGCAAAGAAAAGGUUUCUUUAUUUGAAACAGGCAAUGAGAAUGAUGCAAGCGAUUUUACUGAUCUUCCUGAAAAAAAUGGUCAUAAAAUUUUGGCGCCAUCUGAAAGUGGUAUUUGUUCUUGUGGUGCAGAGUGGGAUAAACGUUCUAUUCAAGAUGAAUGGUUGUACGUAGACGUGUGUUCAGUUGCGUACUUUUAUUCAAUCCAUGAUGUGAU